UCCAACAGUUCUGAGAGAGCAGGACAAGGUCAUCUGCUGUGAUCCAGGUCUACACACUAAAGCAUGGAUGCUGGUGAAAGUGCACUCCCUUACAGCAUCAAUCCCAACAAUUUCCCUGCCAAACUGUGGCGUUUGGUAAACAACCCGGCCUGUAAAGCCAUCAGCUGGGACACCUGCGGUCAGGUCGUCAUCAUUGACCAGCAGCUGUUUGAGAAGCAGAUCCUGUCUCCCACCACCACCACCACCUCGGACAGCGCUGACGCCUUCAAAACAACCAACUUCUCAAGCUUUGUCCGUCAGCUCAACCUUUACGGCUUCAGGAAAGUCGAUGCGGGUAUGAAAGACGGCCUCCUUACCGCCGGGGACAGUGGGACCUAUCAUCAUUUUUACAACCCAAACUUCAAGCGAAACCACCCAGAAUGUGUUGCGAGUCUGAGGAGACUCACAGUCAGCAAUAAAGCCAAGCUGCAAGCUGGUCUGAGCGUCAAUUGCCGGCCUCCGAGUCGAUUCCACAGACACGGUGGAGGUGAUGAUGGCAGAGACAAAGAUUUGAAGAGAGGCACAUCACUACUUAGCCUCAAACACCAGAAGUCUACUCCUUACCAUCCACAUAAAGUUCAAGCUAUGAUAGCACACAAUGGAACCCCAGUCCCACCACGAUACCUGAUGAGGGGUUAUGGUGCAUCUCUGCCUCUUUCUGUCUUAGCUACAGACAAAGGGAUGCCGGUAUCUUUAAGCCCCCCCUUCUCUGGAGUAGCCCCAAGCUCCAAUGAUGUGAAUAUUCAGCAGGGUUUGCAUGGAAAUCUAAAUUUCACCAGUUUUAAUCCUCAUAAUGCACAGUAUCAGCCUGGCUACUUUUCACCAGUUUGCCAGUGCUACCAUCCAAACCUUGUUGCAUCACAUAUGACAGGUGGUGGGCUUCAGACAGGGCCAUUCUCUCCCAUUAGCUAUUACCAGGCAGGAUAUCCUGCGGCAAUGCUGUAUCAUGGGGACCGAAACCAGGACUUAAAGAACAAGGAAAACCAGGAGGGAAAAAAAUGUGACGUUAACUUGGACACAAUUUUCCAGAUUGCUGAUGAAGUGAUGCAGACUCCACCCCAUAAUUGCCCUGUGAAAGCUGUGACCCCAGAAAAGCCAAGCCCUGUAUUAGAGCUGUCCUUUAACGCCAUGCUGUGCGACAACCCUGGGAGCACCGUGAAAGCUAACCCUGUGUGUGCUGGACCAAUUAUAAUGGCUAUGUCAGACAGUGCUGAUCUAGGCACACAUGGACAGCAAGAGGAAUCUCUGGUUUCAGUACCUGAGCAAAUGCCUGAAGAUGCCAUAUGUGAGGAUACCAGUGAAGAUCCAAAGGUUAGCGACUCUCAGUUAGCUCCCAGUCAGGCUCACAACAGCAACUGUGAAAGAAGUACACCAAAGCUAGAGAUCUCACCAUGUUGACUUGAUUGGCAGGUGGUAGGGAGUCUUGAGGAUGUGAUGUGUAAUAGUGAAGUUUUCAGGAUGGCCAGACUUCAUUCUCCACUUUAAUGAUUAUUUAUUGUUUAAAGGUUUGUUGUGUUGGUGUCUUCUAAUUUAAAUCUCAUUUAAAACAUAUUAGCCAACAUUUUAUUAUUAGUGACUUUGGAAAAUAUAUUUAUUUUGUUUCUCUCAGAAUUAGAAUAACUAGUACCACGGUAUAUUUUUAAAAGUUGUAAGGCAAGAUUUUAACUACAUUUACCUAUAUUUUUAUACAGUAUUAUCUCAGAAGUUUUACCAGCUCGUGAUGUUCUUAAAGAAUUGCAAUUUUAAAGUAUGAUUUACACUUGCAGUAGGAAGCCUACAUAAACUCAGCCUCUCCCCAUUUUAAUAUGCACAUUUGAGACUUAUAUUUUAAUAACAUAACUGGUUUAUCAUAACGAGCUGUAACAAAUUGCUGUGAUUGCUGAGAACAUAUUAUAUAAUUUUAUGAAAAUAAUAAUAUUGAUU